GAGCGCGCCCUGCCCCUCACUAGUCUACUUAUGGCGGGCGGUGUGUGAGCGUCAUUGUUUUCUUGUGUUAAUUUGUCUAUGCAGUAAUUGUUCGUAUCUUAUGACUUCAGAUCAUUAAACAGUGUUAAAUUUUGUGUAUUAAAAUGUCAGGGGAUAAUAUUGAAAAAUUAUACCAAAACUACGGUAUUUUAGCUGAUGCAAAAGAUGACAUAUCGCAGCAUGAAAAAGAGUAUUUGGAGAUAUUAGCGGCGGUAAAAGGGUCGGAUAAAGAAAAACGUUUAGCGUCACAAUUCAUUGCGAAAUUCUUCAACAGUUUCCCAAACCUUGCAGAACAGGCCAUUGAGGCUCAAUUUGAUCUUUGCGAGGAUGACGACGUAGCCAUCCGAAAGCAAGCCAUCAAAGAUUUACCUAACCUCUGCAAAGACCACAAGGAGCACACACAAAGAAUUGCAGAUAUCCUUGCUCAGCUGUUACAAUCAGAUGAUACUACAGAAAUCAAUGUUGUGACAAAUUCCCUAAUUACAAUCUUGAAAGGAGACCCAAAAGGAGCUUUAGCAGGAAUAUUUUCCCAGAUUCACCAGAAUGUAGACAGCGAGGUCGCAAAUGAAAUAGUUAGAGAGCGUUGCAUUAAAUUUCUGGCCACCAAAGUCAAACAACUUGGCAGAGAAGUUAUCAACAAAGAAGCUGAAGAUUUGAUUAUUGCAGAGUGCAGAAAAAUUUUAGAGGAUGUAGUGGCUGAAGAGUUUGAGCACAUAAUGGAACUGCUUACAUGGUCUCGUUUGGGGAAAACACCAUUAGGGAAGAAAGAAUUGGUUCAGAUUGUGGCAGCCCUUGCUUUUUCACCUGAUGACUGGCACCCUGAAGAUCCAGAAUAUGUGGAUAGGAUCAUUCAAUGCACUCAACAUGCAUUGCCUUUAUUUUCGACACAAGUGGAUUCCACACAAUUCGUCAAUUUCUUCUGUGAUCAUGUAUUACAAAAAUGGAAUGAAAUUACAACACCGGAAGGAAAUGAUUCUAAAUUAGAACUUCUGAAGAUAUUUGCUGAGGUUACAGAGCACUGUGGAGAUUUAGAAGACGUUCAGAAGAAAAUUGACACUGUUUAUGAUGUAGUUAUGACUUAUUUGCCUGAAGCACCAAUAGAAGGAGAAGACAAAGGCGAAAAAGAAGCAAAUGGCGAUAAGACGGAAGAAAAAUCAACCCCUUCUCUCCAGUUCUCUCAUGUGGAGUGUGCGUUGUUUGCUUUGCAUUCUCUCUGCCGCAAGGCUCCCGAGGCUCUUGGUGCUGACGGAGCACGGCUUAAGGCUCUCCGCUUACGUUUACAAUACACUGCCCGACUCACACAGGGCUACAUAAAGAAACUGAAAGAAGUUACACAGGGAAAAAAAGAGGACUCAGAAGAAAAUAAACUCAAGAUUGCAGCUUUGAAAACUACGUCGAACAUCAACACCCUGAUUCGGGACAUUUUCCGGACUCCUCCCAGUUUCAAAAGCAAAGUGCAAUUAUCCUUUCAAACGCAGAAGACAGAAAAAGAGCAAAAGCCAACUGAGAAAACAGAAGAAAAGGACAAACAGUCGCCACAAAAACGCCAUCGGCCAAUUACAUUUGACAAUGGUGAUGAAAAGUCUUCUCCGGACAAGCGCUCUCGAAGUGGAGACAGAAAUAUAAAAAUGUACACACCCCCAUCUGGCAAAUACAGCUCCAGAUUGAACAAUAGUGGAAGGUUUUCGGGACCUAGCUUCAGAGGUAGAGGGGGUUAUGGCAGACGUGAGUUUAGGGGGAAUGGGGCGCCUUUCCGCAGGCGCAGCAACUACUAAAAUUGCACCAGAGCUAUACUUUGGUUAGAAAACUAUAAUUUUUGUCUGAGUAUCAGUUCAUUCAUACGGUUUUUUGGCCAGAUUCUGCCCAUACACCAAUUUGUAAAUGGAGUAUAAAUAUUUAUUUAGUCUUCGAUUUUUUCUCUCCAUUCAAUUUGUUGUAUUUUCUCAUGAUGAGACUUGAUUUUUGUUUUAGAAUAAGAACUUUUAUAUUUCACAAGACACCCGUGAAUGCAGACCGUAAAUACUUAUUUUGCUAAUGUUUUUAAAGUAUCGUAUGUGGUAGCUUCUCUUUAGAAGGCAGUGUAUGUUGUGUUUCUGAACUUCGUGGCUGAACCACAAUUUUAUCUUGAGAUUUCAUUAGGUUUUUAUAUUUUGGGAAAGAAAGAUCCUGGAGCUUUCAGUCUAUUUCGUGUCUGAAGAUUUCAGCCAUUGUCCAGCAGAUUUUUACAGAGACCAGUGGAAGGAGACAGGCAAGAAGCAGUGUUCACUAAGUAGGUAACCUCAAGCACGGGAAUCCUAUUGGUCACAUAACAUUUUUAGUCCUAUUACUUACAACAUCUUGCUUGUAAUAAUUACUAUUCAUAAUUACUCACUUAUAUUAAUGAUCGUUACUCUUUAGUCUUUAUACAUAAUUUUAAUUGCUAAGUAUUAUUAGCAAUUGCAUGAUUAUUAUUGAAUACAAUAAUAAUCAUUAUUCUUUGUACAGUUUUAUCAUUUAUAUCUCACACAACAUUUUCACACAAAAAAAAUUUCAGACACA